GCAGUUGGAGACAGAGCGGUGCGGCGCCCCGAGGCGUCUGGGGAAGACACAGUCCUGGCCAACCCUCCCAUGCACUCCCCUCCCACCGAUGACACACCGUCUGCUCCCCCUGAGGGAGCCCAAGGCAAUGCAGGAGACAUUAAAAAGUCUCGUACCUUCGCUGCCGCCCAGAGGCAGCCCGGUCCCUCAUUACUGACCAAGGCAUUGGCCUCCGCCCGUGGCAUUCCUGAGCAGGCCCCGACGCUGGGCACGAGUCCGCACAAAGAUAACAGUCCCGCUGCUGGUACCCGACAGACGACCAAGUUGCCGUGCGACGCCUCCCCCUCCUCCACCUCUGCCCCCUUCCUCUCUGAUCACGAUAAGAAUAAUAAGACGCCUGCUCCCGCCCCCGAUAAGCUACGAGGUCCGACAGCCAAUGCACACCAUGGCGAUAACAGUCCAUUGACGCCCCACCCAUUCCAGCCCUCUAUAAUGGCGGCCCCGGCCACCGUCACUGCGACUGUACCGCUCCCUGGGCGUGAUGUGUCCAGCGUUCCUUCAUCUCUGAGCCAUUCUUCCUUUGCGACCGCUGGGAACAUGUUCCUGAGCCACCGUGAUACCGCCGUCCUGUCCCCUCGCAGAUCCUCCGCCUCGCUUGACAUUGAACGAGAUUCCUACUUCCCUGACCAGAACAGGGCAUGCUCCUACUCCACGAGCCCCGUCGAGUCGACCACUCCGACCAAGACCAACAACUACUUUACGAGCCCUACAUUGUUGGACCAGUCACGCCUUGCUAAUGGCGAUGCUAACAAGGACUAUGGCUCGCGCUACAGGCAACCUCCCGAGCAGAGGGUUAUGCUGCCACCACCCGCCGAGACAAUGGGAAAGGCCUGGUCCAUCGGCUCUGUAGAUGGGAAGGAAGAGGAUGGAUUGGUUGAGAAGUCAGUUGCCGAAGCCAUGGCUGGGGUGGAACACAAUGCGCGCAGUCGCAAAGCGAGUUAUAGCCUAAGAUUUUUCAAAGAAGGUCUUCCAUCAGACGACAAGACCCGCCGGCGCGAAACGAAGAACUCGUCCAAGGAAAAACUGCCCGAAACUACAGAAGAAGCGCGGCCGAGGGCAAUUGACGGAUCGGAAAACCCUAGUGACGACCAAGACAUCAACAAACCACCCAAGCCCACGCCAAUCAUAACCCCCCGGUCGGCAAAGAACAGUGACAAGGAAUUGGAGGUUGAUUAUUUCACUGUUCCUAAGUAUGACGCCGAUGAGACUACCGCUUCGUCAUCGACCAUUCCCAGGUUGCAACCACCAGUCCAGGAGGAUUUGACCAGCACUGGCUCAUUGUCACCCAAACGUCAUGUGGGGCCGAUUCCGUCCACUGCCAUCAGCGCCGAAAGUGUGGACCAGAUACACGGCGGGCAGUCAGGUGACAGUACCGAGGUCGGAGAAUCCCCCGAUGAUGGGGACGCCGACGAGUCUGGUGAGGAAAAGAUCUCAUCUGCUGUGUUUGUUCCACACCAGGAAGCUGGCGAACCACGUUCUAGGGAUGCUGCCAACGUGCCUCCCGGGCAUGCUCCCCACGACAGGUCUCUCUCGGAAGAUGAGACCCACCCUUGGCUGGUAAAAGCUGAUGAGCCUGAGCCGGUAAAGCUUGUUGUCGAUAAAGAAGAACAGGCAGGGCGGCUAUCUCGAUAUCGGUCUCGUGAAAGCCUUGUAUCUAUAGGCCGUAGUGACCAUAAGUCUGAAGCCUCUGAGGAAUGCGCUGUUGAAGACGACAACGAGAGCUAUGCUCCGCCGGGGCAACCAGUGGCACGAACUGCGUAUCAAUAUGAUGACCACGUUCAUGAACAUCAACAUGAUGUCAGCCAACCAGCAUCGACCAUCCAGCUCAUCCCUUACAAACACCAGGUAGGAGGACACACAACCUUGUGGCGCUUUUCGAAGAGAGCCGUCUGCAAGCAGCUCAACAAUCGCGAAAACGAAUUUUACGAAACGAUUGAGAGAUACCACCGCAAUCUACUACGCUUUUUACCCCGAUAUAUUGGCGUCCUCAAUGUCACCUUUCAAAAACAACCACGCCGGAAGAGUACAUCCAAGAAGGAUGAUGCAGCUGUUUCGGAGCGGAAGAAAGCAAAAGACGCCAUUAGCGAGCAGAGGAAGCCGGAUGUUGAUCCUGUAGCACGGACAGGCGGCCAUGGCCGUGUUGUUAGCCAGUCUCUCGCAGGCGCCAAUGUACAAAUCCCAACAGUGACCUUUGAUAACAAUAGGCAUAUUCUACCGCGAAAUCUCCUACAGCCCACCCCUCUGCCGAACAACUUUAGGCGUCGAAGUAUUUCUACUCUGAAGGCUAACAGUCCGUCUACGGAAGCCACUGUCCAGGCAAGGCCACCGAUGGACGAUCGUCCAAACAGCUGGGGAGCUACUACUGUCAACAAGCGCCUACGCAACGAGGUGUUCAACGAUGCGUUCCUAAAGGAGCCAGUACAAGUUCAUAAGCACCGCCCACCACACCAGCGGUCAAUCCCUCGACCUACUUUGCGUCGGCUGCUGCGCUCGUCAAACUCAGAAUCUAACAUGAACAGAGACUUUGGUGGUGAGGAGCCCUCGCUCCAUGGAUGUACUCUUCCCAAAUCGCCACCAGCUACGCUAUUUGGACACACACAGAGCGACCCCGGCUCUCACACAGCACUUUUGGACGUCGAACAGGUACCUGAAGGAGAUGUCAAGGAUGUUACCGGGACUAGUGCUCCAGAACCCGUGAUUCUUCGAGACAGACCUCUCGUUUCUAAGAAGAAACGACGAUAUUCUGCUGGUGGUCUCCGUCGCAAGCCGACGGAUGUCCAGGAACCAAGAGGCGAUCUCAAGUACUUCGAAGAGGCAGAUGACGCUGGCUACAAGGGGGACAGUGAGGAUAUCGGUGUUGGAGAGUUGGAUCAUACCCCUCCACAGAACGGAGAAAUCAUUCCGAGCACUAACGGGACUCACGGUAUUGAUACCACGGCGAGGACAGACUUCGCUGAGGCCUCUGAUGCAGCGGUCUACGACUUGCCGAGCCCAGGAGACGAAUUCAAGAGAAUACCUCGUCCUGUCAACCCCAAGGAGGCCAAGACACAGAGAGACAGGGUCGAGUACUUUUUGCUCUUGGAGGAUUUGACAGCUGGUAUGAAGAGACCUUGUAUGAUGGACUUGAAGAUGGGCACCCGGCAGUAUGGUGUUGAUGCAAGCCCCAAGAAGCAAAAGUCACAACAGGAGAAAUGCAGAACAACGACAUCCGCCGAGCUCGGCGUGCGAAUUUGCGGCCUUCAAGUCUGGAAUGCUGAACGCGAAUCGUAUGACUUCCAGGACAAGUAUUUUGGGCGUCGGUUAAAGGCCGGUGCUGAGUUCAAGGCAACUCUUCGAAACUUCCUCUACAAUGGUCACGAGCUUCAGAGCAUUUUGCGGCAUAUCCCCGCUGUCUUGAGAAAGCUUGCGCAGCUGGAGGAAAUUGUUCAGGGUCUUCGGGGCUACCGAUUUUAUGCCGCUAGUCUUCUGAUGUUCUACGAUGGCGCCUCGGAGGAUUCGGUGGAUUAUGAUACGGCAUAUGAAUCUCUUACAGACGUGCCGACGGAUACUGAAGAGAUGACGAGAUAUAAUAAGAGAAACAAAGGGGAAAUCGAUUUCAAAAUUGCAGACUUUGCGAACAGCUUGACUCCUUACGACAGAGUUCAGGAUAAAGCCUGUCCGCCGCAACACCCUGACGAGCCCGAUGCCGGAUUUUUGAAGGGCCUCAAAAGCCUAAAAAGAUACUUCCUUCAAAUCCAGAAGGAAGUUAGAAAGGAAUUGGACCCGAAGCAUCGUCGGCUACAUGACGAUAUCAACGGAUACGGAGAUGAGGACGAAUUUUUCGACUACGAAGGCGCCGUCAGCAUGUAA